CUGGGCGGUUCGGCUCAACAGACGCUGGUCUGCAGGCUCUGGGGCGCUACGCUGCGCUUGUUGCGAGUGCUGGGGCUGAGACGAGUCGGCGCGGCAGCUGACCGGGAAGCCGACCGCCGCCCUCUCGCAGUGCGACCGCGGAGGCUGCGUCAGGGUCCCCAGGAGGCGGCCCGGGGCGUGAAUGCUCUGGGGGCACAGCCAGGCCUGCAUGGGCCGGAGGAACCGGAGCUCCGGCGUCGCGGUAUUGAAACAAAAGCACAUAUUUGAAGGCACUAGUACCUCCUACCAUUGUCAACUGAUUCUUACAGAAAUCUGUUAAUUCUACUUUUUGAGCACUAUGAAUAACCACAUAUCUUCAAAGCCAUCGACUAUGAAGCUAAAACAUACCAUCAACCCCAUUCUUUUAUAUUUCAUACAUUUUAUAAUAUCACUUUAUACUAUUUUAACAUAUAUUCCAUAUUAUUUUUUGUCUGAGUCAAGACAAGAAAAAUCAAACCAAAUUAAAGCAAAGCCUGUAAAUUCAAAACCUGAGUCUGCGUACAGGUCUGUUAACAGCUUGGAUGGUUUGGCCUCAGUAUUAUACCCUGGAUGUGAUACACUAGAUAAAGUUUUUAUGCACGCAAAAAACAAAUUCAAGGACAGAAGACUCUUGGGAACACGUGAAAUUUUAAAUGAGGAAGAUGAAGUGCAGCCAAACGGAAAAAUUUUUAAAAAGGUUAUUCUUGGGAACUAUAAUUGGCUGUCCUUUGAAGAUGUCUUCGUUAGAGCUUUUAAUUUCGGAAAUGGCUUACAGAUAUUGGGUCAGAAACCAAAGACCAACAUUGCCAUCUUCUGUGAAACCAGGGCUGAGUGGAUGAUCACUGCACAGGCCUGCUUCAUGUAUAAUUUUCAGCUUGUUACGUUGUAUGCUACUCUAGGGGGUCCAGCAAUUGUUCAUGGAUUAAAUGAAACAGAGGUGACCAACAUCAUUACUAGUAAAGAACUCUUACAAACAAAGUUGAAGGAUAUAGUUUCUCUAGUCCCAUGCCUGCGGCACAUCAUCACUGUGGACGGUAAACCACCGACCUGGUCUGAGUUCCCCAAGGGCGUCAUCGUGCACACCAUGGCAGCAGUGCAGGCUCUGGGAGCCAAGGCCAGCGUGGAAAACAAGCCUCAUAGCAAACCAGUGCCCUCAGAUACUGCAGUAAUCAUGUACACAAGUGGAUCCACAGGACUUCCAAAGGGGGUCAUGAUCUCCCAUAGUAACCUUAUUGCUGGUAUAACUGGGAUGGCGGAAAGGAUUCCAGACCUGGGUGAGAAGGAUGUUUACAUCGGGUAUCUGCCUCUGGCCCAUGUUUUAGAAUUAAGUGCUGAGCUUGUUUGUCUUUCUCAUGGAUGCUGCAUUGGCUACUCUUCACCACAGACUUUAGCAGAUCAGUCUUCAAAAAUAAAAAAAGGAAGUAAAGGAGAUACAUCCAUAUUGAAACCAACACUGAUGGCAGCUGUCCCGGAAAUCAUGGAUCGGAUCUACAAAAAUGUCAUGAAUAAAGUGAAUGGAAUGAGUAAUUUUCAACGCACUCUGUUUAUUCUCGCCUAUAAUUACAAAAUGGAACAGAUUUCAAAAGGGCAUGGUACUCCGCUGUGUGAUAGCUUUAUUUUCCGGAAAGUUCGAAGCUUGCUAGGUGGAAAUAUUCGGCUUCUCUUGUGUGGGGGUGCUCCACUUUCUGCAACCACACAGAGAUUCAUGAACAUCUGUUUUUGCUGUCCUGUCGGUCAGGGAUAUGGACUCACUGAAUCUUGUGGGGCUGGAACAAUUACAGAAGUGUGGGACUACAAUACUGGCAGAGUGGGAGCGCCAUUAGUUUGCUGUGAAAUCAAAUUAAAGAACUGGGAGGAAGGUGGAUACUUUAAUACUGACAAACCACAUCCUAGGGGUGAAAUUAUUAUUGGUGGCCAAAAUGUGACAAUGGGAUACUACAAAAAUGAAGCAAAAACAAAAGCUGAUUUUUUUGAAGAUGAAAAUGGACAGAGGUGGCUCUGUACUGGAGAUAUUGGAGAGUUUGACCCUGAUGGUUGUUUGAAGAUUAUUGAUCGUAAAAAGGACCUUGUAAAACUGCAGGCAGGAGAAUAUGUUUCUCUUGGGAAAGUGGAGGCAGCUUUGAAGAAUCUCUCACUAAUAGACAACAUUUGUGCAUAUGCAAACAGUUAUCAUUCUUAUGUCAUUGGAUUUGUUGUGCCGAAUCAAAAGGAGCUAACGGAACUAGCACGAAAGAGGGGACUUCGAGGGACCUGGGAGGAGCUGUGUAACAGCUGCGAAAUGGAGAAUGAGGUGCUCAAAGUGCUCUCUGAAGCUGCUGUUUCAGCAAGUCUGGAAAAGUUUGAAAUUCCAGUAAAAAUUCGUUUGAGCCCUGAACCGUGGACCCCUGAAACUGGUCUGGUGACAGAUGCCUUCAAGCUGAAACGCAAAGAGCUUAAAACACAUUACCAGGCGGACAUUGAGCGAAUGUAUGGAAGAAAAUAAUUAUUCUCUUUCAGCAUCAGUUUGCUGCAGGGAGCUCAGAUCAAAUAGGAAAAUACUUGAAAUGCAUGUCUCAAACUGUGAGGCAGACUCCAUUCCUCAUAUUAAACCUAAACUGUUAUUUCUCAUGACAUCACCAUUUUUAACUAACAGGAUUAGUAAAAUAUUAAGACAGCAAACUUGUGUCUGUCUCUUCUUUCUUCCCCUCCUCCAAGUUACUUUACCACCUAGGACUGCACUUGUCAGCAUGAGGCCUUUUUUGAAUCAUCUUGGGGGAACAGUGAUUUUAAAACCUCAAGUUUUUAAACAUGAUUUGUAUGUUCUGUAUAGUGUUCAGUUUGUAACUUUUUAAAGUUUGGAUGUAUAGAGGGAUAAAUAGGAAAUACAAGAAUUGGUUAUUUGGGGGGCUUUUUUACUUACAGUAUUUAAACAUGCAAGGGUAUGGAUGUGAAAUUAUGUAAAUUUCAUUCAAAUGCUUAUGAAUCAAAUUGUUGAACAAAAGAUUUGUUGCUGUGUAAUUAUUGUAUGCAUUUGAGAGAAAUAAAUAUACCCGUACUUAUGUUUUAAGAAAUUGAGACCUUGUGAAUAUAUGCCUGACAGUGUCUUCUUUAUAUAUUUAUUUUUUCUUAGAAAAAAAAUUAAGUUUGGUUGGUCCUGCAUGAAACAAAAUAGCAAUAGAGGGUUAUGGUUUCAUAGUAAAGAAGAAAACACAGCAAGGGUAGCACCAGUGGAUCAUUAAUCUCUGGUAGUUUACCAUCAGAAUAUCAGUCUUCUAGUCAGCUGUGGAAACUAGGAAACUAAAGUUUUAGAAUUGGGCACAAUUUGAAAAGUUAAGGUAGAAUUAAAAAAAAAAAAGGAUGGAACGUUAUUCUUUAUUUCAUUGACUACAUGUACAUUGAGUUGUCUGUGUUUAUGACAUAUUAGUCACAGAUAAUUAUUCUAUCUCACUCUACUUUUAGCCUAGCUGUUUAGUGAUAUAUCUCAUUUCCAAAUUAGGAUUAUUUUCUUGGAUAGUUUGCACUGGGUAUGUGUGUCAGCCACUGUCAGUGUCUGUUGGCAGCUUAUUGAAAAAGCACCUUAUCUUUUCUACCAUAACCUUUCUACACUAGAAAAUGAAAUAAUUGAGAAUGCUUCUAGGAAUAGCAUUCUUACUAUGAUACAUGAGAAUUUAACUUUAUAAUGAGGUGAGUUAAGAUUUAAUUUGCAGGUUUUUAAUGUCAGUGUGGAAAUUAUUUGCUUCUAAAAAUACUGUAUCAUAUAUAGUACGUCUUUUCAUAUGUAUUGCUUGUCCGUUGUUGUUUGGCUAUUAUUAAGAGUGAUGUUGCACCAAUUAAGAUGUGUUUAGACUAGGAUGUAAGAAAAUCAUAGGUACCAUGUUUUUCAUGUCAUAUUAGUUAUUUUCUUGAUUCUCAGUUACUUUAGGCACCAAGAAGGCAAAACAAAACAAAAAUACACAUAUGUGAAAAGGUAUGAACGUCGAUCUGCGUAGGGCAGUGGGAGCGUUGAGGACCUGUAACCCUGUAGUUUUUGGCCAUAUCAUGAACACAUCGUAUUUGGAGAUAUUGUAAUAUGGUGUUUUUAGUUUUAAACUUUUCUUGUAUUCAUGUAUAUAUUUGUAUUAUGUUUUGAAUGCUUUUCUUGUCAUAGUUUAAGUUUUCACAGAGUUUUGAAAAACUGCCAAGAAGAAGUAAAAAUAGGGAAAAAUUAAAUGGAGCCUCUCUAAAAUGUUGUGGUCUAAACAUUAAAGUUAGCUUGGGUGGACAGAAUUUGUUUCUGAUGCUUUAUAUUUAGAAUUAUUACUUGCUUUCAAAUGACUUUUGGAAAGUAUUUAGAAAAAACCAUUCAGCGCUUCAAAGGAGAGAUGUCAGUAUAACUGUGACUUGAAAUAGUGGCAUAUGAAUAUGUAGCUUAUCACUGAUUCAGAAUAAAAGUUGUUUCUUUUCAGAAACAUC